UUUGUUUGUGUGCCAUACAUUGAUGUCAGGCAAGGAAGCUUAGCUUUUAUCCGGGCUGAUACAGUAACAUGCUACCCGAAUCUCAAUUAUCAGCCUCAGUAACAAUGUACGGGUGAAAAUCUCUCACGAUCACUGAGGUUAUUCACAAUUACCAGUAUGAUCAUCCUGUGUGGUCAAUAACACUUGCAACCAUCACACUACAACGAUGGGCAGCCCUGCGAAGAAGAGGAAGCUUAAUGGCGACACCAAGCCAACGCCGUCUCGAGGGCUAGAAUACUUCUUUGCCAAGCAGAAGCAAAAGCCCCCAGAGCCACCGUUGAAUGAAUAUACCGCCACAUCUAGCCAAGUCUUGAGUGACGAGGAGCUUGCUCGUAAACUGCAAGCGGAAUGGAACAGGGAGGAUACUGUUCGUAACGAAGCCCAAGGUGUAUCAUCUAAGGAGAGCGAGGGUGUUGCUGCACGAAAUGCGGAUGGUUCGAACUUGGACGAUGCUACUCUCGCCACCGACAAUCCAUUAGCCGACGGUAGCGCCCUUACUGUAACUGCGAAUUCAACAAAGACCAACACACUCACUCUCCAGUCUGUUGCGUCUGCUGAGGACACAAUCUCCUCCGUAAUACCUCUAGACGAAAGUCCAUUAGCAUUCAACGUUUCAGAAUACAUCACCAAACUGAAAGCUCAUUGGAAUGCAGAAGGUGGCAAUGCCUCUUACGCCAUCCUCACUCGAUGUUUUGUGCUCGUAAGCGCCACGACCAGUCGCAUCAAGAUUGUCGAUACUCUGGUGAAUUGCUUGAGGAUUCUUAUAGAAGCAGACCCAGACAGUCUUCUACCAGCGGUCUGGCUGGCUACAAACUCCAUUUCGCCGCCAUAUAUCUCGCUGGAGCUGGGCCUUGGUGGAUCGGCAAUUUCAAAGGCUUUGAAACAAGUAUGCGGUCUAGACAGCCGCAGCCUCAAGGCCAUCUACGACAAACAUGGCGAUCCGGGCGACGUUGCGUUCGAGGCCAAGAAGAAACAGAACUUCACCCUGAGAAAGCCCAAACCACUUACUAUAAAAGGUGUCUUCCAGUCCUUGGUUAAAAUCGCUCAAAGCCAGGGCCAGGGAAGUGUCAACGUGAAGCAGCAAAUAGUAGACAGGCUAUUACAGGAUGCCCGAGGAGGCGAGGAAAGCAGAUUUAUUGUUCGGACCCUCUGUCAACAUCUACGGAUAGGAGCAGUCAAGACAACAAUGCUCAUCGCGUUAUCGAGGGCUUUUCUCUUAUCAAAGCCCUAUGGGGCUGACUUCGAAACCAGAGAUACCAAGGAACUGGCUCGCUUGAAGAAAGAAGAACUUGCCGAAGUUUGGGCACGAGGCGAAGAACUCGUCAAGGCUUGCUUUGCAAGGCGUCCCAACUACAAUGACCUUGUUCCGGUGCUUUUGGAGAUUGGCAUCACGGACGAGCUGCUUGUGCGCUGCGGUCUAGCAAUUCAUAUACCGCUGCGACCUAUGCUGGGAAGCAUCACCAGAGAUCUCAGCGAAAUGCUCACAAAACUUCAGGGGCGUGAUUUUGCUUGUGAAUUCAAGUAUGAUGGCCAAAGAGCUCAAGUCCACUGCGACGAAAACGGAAAAGUCUCAAUAUUCUCCAGACAUCUGGAGUUGAUGACUGACAAAUAUCCUGAUCUUGUUGCGCUCAUCCCCAAGAUCAGGGGAGAGGGUGUUUCAAGCUUCAUCCUGGAGGGAGAAGUUGUAGCCGUCGACUCGACGACGGGAGAUCUCAAGAACUUCCAGACACUGACCAAUCGUGCCCGGAAGGACGUUGAAAUUGGUAGCAUUACAGUCAAUGUAUGCCUGUUCGCGUUCGAUCUUAUGUUACUCAACGGACAGCCACUCUUGAAUAGACCUUUCAGGGAGCGCCGCGAGCUGUUAAAGUCCCUGUUCAUCGAGGUUCCUCACAACUUCACUUGGGUCAAGAGCAUAGACGCAACAUCACAAGAUUCCGAAGCUGUGCUGGAGUUUUUCAAGGCUGCUACCGAUCAGAAGUGCGAAGGGUUGAUGGUGAAGAUAUUGGACAACUUGCCCGAUAUUGCCUACAAAGGUGACGGUACUACUGAGCCAGUAGACGAGCAAGAGAAAAUCUCCAAAACUACUACCGCCAAGGCGAAAGGCAAAACGAAGACAAGGGCUGAUAAUGCCGAGCCCAAGAGAACACGAAGGAAGCCAUUGCUCGCCACUUACGAACCCGACAAACGCCUCGACUCGUGGCUCAAGGUGAAGAAGGACUACGACUCAACAUUUGAUACACUGGACCUUAUUCCCAUUGCUGCCUGGCAUGGCCAGGGCAGGAAAGCCAAGUGGUGGUCUCCGAUCCUCCUCGCCGUCCGUAAUGAGGCGACGGGGUCGCUUGAGGCGGUCACCAAAUGCAUGUCAGGCUUUACGGAUGCCUUUUACAAAGAGAAUAGAGCAUUUUACAAUGACGGCGAGGAAGACGGCGAAAGACAGAACACGAGAGCUCGAAGGCCAGCUUUUGUGGAGUACUCGGGUCCAGAGCCUGAUGUUUGGUUCGAGCCUCAAGAGGUUUGGGAGAUGGCAUUUGCGGACAUAACUCUCAGUCCUACAUACACUGCCGCAAUCGGUUUGAUCAGCGAUGAAAGGGGUCUCAGUCUGCGAUUCCCUCGAUUUCUGAAAAAGCGAGAAGACAAGAGUAUUGAUGAAGCCAGCUCAGGUGAAUUCCUUGCAACCUUGUUCCGUAAGCAAGAGGCCAAGGCACCGACGGUCGCACAGGGGAUACCAGAUGAUGAAUACGAAUGACCUAUCAUGCUAUAUUACGGGGCUCAGGAACAAAAGACUAUCAAGGACUAAGUAAAGUAUUACUAGCCAACAGGCUUCAAUCGUGCUUGUGCUCCGGCCAGCCAGGGGCAGUCCACGCUACCCUCUAGCCUACUCUUUCCAGGCGCGAUAGACAAUACGGGCACCGUAUUUCUGACCCUUCUUCAAAACUGUCAUGUUCUUCCACUCAUCCACAUUGACAGCGUUGACAUAACGGCUCGGCUCGACGCAGAAUGCACUCCGCGCCUUCCGGGCUGGCACGCCACCAACCUCGGGCACGUCGAUGUACUUGCCAGUGUAGAACUGGAACGCAGGCUCAGUGCUGUACACUUCGAGGUGAAUACCCGAGUCUGGAUGGUGCGCGGCAACGUGGCGGCUCAGGGGCAACGAUGAGGUGUCAAUAGGGACGGACUCUGGCUUGUCGUUGGCGAUGAAGCAGUCGUCAAUGCAAGGCUCCUGGGGGCCGAGAGUGAAGGGCUUGUUUCCCUCGAACUUGGAGAAUGCGCCAACGCCGCCUGUAGGGAUGCCGCCGUCAUCGACUGGGAGGUAUGCGUUGGUCGCGAUUUCAACCACUGUGCCGGCGAUGGAGGGGCCGCCUGUCAAGUUGAAGUAUCUGCGAGCCGUAUUGAGAUAUAUUAGCACUCUAAACCUGCUUUGCCAACAGUCACAGAGGUAGCGGGUCAGGCUUACGAGUGGUUGGUCAUGUUAAUGGGUGUUUCUUCGGCAUCUCCGACCAGCUCGGCAAUGUACUCGAUGCCCAAAACAGUCACCUUCUUGCCAUCGACUGUCUGCUCGCCUGCCGUGUAGAUCGUCUUGGCCUUGACGGUGCCUGGGAAUCCUUCAUCGCCGUCCUCGCUGGUCAACGAGAACUCGACGGACUCGCCGCCGACCAGCCCCUCGAUACCGGGAAUGUCGCGAAUGCCGACAGCUUUUGGCCCUUCCCAGACGCGCUUACCCCAACCGACAACGCCUCCAUGCAGGUUGUUCGGUCCGUCGUUGGCCGUGAGGGUGUAGCUCUUGCCGCCGUUUAGCGAGUUGAUCUUGGCAUCCUUGGUGCGGUUCGCGACGCGGCCAAUGGUCUCGCCAAAGUAAGGGCUGUUGUGCUUCUCGUAGAGCUCCUGAGUGGGGAAACCCUGGACAAUGUCGACGUCACCAACCUUGAAGGACUGGAUGAUUGCGCCGAGCGGCAGGAGCUUGAUCGGCUCGUGAAGAGACAUUGUUGUAAGGGAGAUGUGUGCAGUAUGUAUUUACGAGCUAACUAGGAUUAUUGAGGCUCAGCGUCCAGGCUUGCGAUGCAGUAUCAAAGCAGUGAUCACAAUGGGGAAGAUGGGGAAGAGGAGCAGCUGAGCUAAGUAGAAUCGAUUUCUCUAUUAAGGAAAGCCAGGCUGGAUCUAUCGACAGGUUUCGCCCGAAAUACCCACUUCUAUUCCACGGCACAAUUCAGCCUAAUGUUUGAUAUUCUUGUCAUAUGGCAACCGAGUCUU